CAGCACUUCCGACAGGGGUCACUGCAUAUGCUCAACAAAAUAUUGAUAGACGGGGAAAUCGGUUACAGAGUGAGAACUGUUCACAUAUUGCUAUGAUUCAACUUACUGAAGAGAUUUAUUGCAAAUUUUUACAGAUUGUAACAUGUGAAACCCCAGUGUAGGCCGUCUUUGACGGCAGAGUCGCAGUAGAAAGUGUUUUCAUUCACAGACCACGUGGGAAAAUAUGAACUGUUUUGAGAUCAGACAGCAAUGAUGACGGAAAGCAAAGAUUCUAAGGAAGAUGAUAGCAGUGUGCGAGUUGCACUCAGGAUCCGCCCCCAGCUGGCUAAGGAGAAGAUUGACAUGUGUCAAGUCUGCACCACCGUGGACGCCACCCAGGUCAUCAUGGGAAAAGACAAAAGUUUUACCUACGAUUACGUGUUUGACAUGCCGACCAUGCAGGAAACUAUAUAUGGUGACUGUGUUAGAGCUCUCAUUGAGGGGUGCUUUGAUGGCUACAAUGCGACAGUAUUUGCCUAUGGCCAGACGGGCUCUGGUAAGACCUACACAAUGGGGACAGGGUUUGAUGUGAAUCUCCCGGAGAAUGAGGUGGGGAUCAUCCCCCGGGCUGUGGACCACCUGUUUAAGGGCAUCGAAGAGUGCAGACAGAAAGCCAAGGAAAAGAACAUCCCCCCUCCCGACUUCAAAGUCAACGCCCAGUUUAUUGAGCUGUAUAAUGAAGAGAUCCUAGAUUUAUUGGACAGCACGAGAGACCCAGAAUCACGGAUGAGAAAGUCCCAUAUCAAGAUCCAUGAGGAUGCUACAGGAGGAAUAUACAUGGUGGGCGUGGCAACACGACCCGUCCACUCCCUGCAAGAUACAAUGGAGUGUUUGAAGAAUGGUGCUUUAUCUCGAGCUACGGCCAGUACAAAUAUGAAUUCGCAGUCUUCCAGAUCCCAUGCUAUAUUUACAUUGCACAUCAAACAACAGAGAAUGGUGCAUGAUGAGAAUCUCAUAGAGGAGGGUAAGGACUCGGAUGCCCUGAAUGAGUUUGAGACGCUGACAGCUAAGUUCCACUUUGUGGAUCUGGCGGGGUCAGAGAGGUUAAAGAGAACGGGAGCCACUGGGGACAGGGCCAAGGAGGGAAUCUCUAUCAACUGUGGACUGCUUGCCUUAGGAAAUGUGAUCUCAGCUCUUGGAGACAAGGCCAAGAAAGGUUGUCAUGUUCCGUACAGGGACUCUAAGUUAACUCGGCUACUGCAGGACUCGCUCGGUGGAAACAGUCGGACCCUGAUGAUUGCCUGUAUAUCCCCGUCAGACAGAGACUUCGUAGAGACACUGAACACUCUGAAGUACGCUAACCGAGCUCGUAACAUUAAGAACAAGGUGAUAGCCAAUCAGGACAAGGCUUCUAAACAGAUGGCCGCCCUGAGAGCGGAAAUUCUUACACUUCAGCAGGAACUGAAUGAAUACAAAACAGGGAAGCGUAGGGUGGAUGAAGAUGGAGUGGAGACAGUGAAUGACAUGUUCCAUGAGAACACUAUGUUACAGACAGAGAAUGAUAAACUGAGACAGAGAAUCAAAGCCAUGCAUGAAACCGUGGAGAUGUUAACCAAACGGAACUCAGACCUGCUGGCUGAAAAGGCGGUGCUGGGGGUGUAUAAUAUAUCUGAGGAUGCAAGGGACAGUGAAGUAACAAAACUGAUAGAAAGUUAUGUCAAAGAAACAGAAGAGCUCAGGGCUAAGCUGUUGGAAGCUGAGCACACAGCUGAUCAGUUCAGGAGGAAGAAUGUUGCGUCUCGAAUGGGGAGCAGCCUGUCCCUGAUGAACGAGCCCGUGAGUCCGAUCUCACCGGGUCACAUGACCGGGAGUUACAUGGGGUCAAUGUCAGGUCACAUGUCUGGGAGUUUUAUGGGAUCAAUGACAGAGAGCCGUCUCUCCAUUAUAGAGGAGGCCAAGCGGGACGUCAGCCGAAUGAAGAAACUGAAGAAAAUGAAGAAGAAAAUGUACUCCAAAACUAGUGAAAAAGAGGACAACUUCGAUGAUGAAAAGGAUCAGAAUGAGGCAGAGCAGAAUGGAGAUGACAUGAAUGAAGAAGAGGGAGAAGAUAAUGAAGAAGAAAAUACUGAAGACAUCAAUGAAGGAGAUGAUGAGGAUAGAUUAAGUGCAGAUCUGAAUGGAGAUGAUGAAGAAGACGAUGAUAUGGAAGAAGAGCUGGAGAAUCUGUCUUCAUCAGAUUCAGACUCAGAUUUUGAAGAUAAAGAUUCAGAUAACCUACAUGAGGACCUAGCUGAGCUUACGUGUAGUAUAUCUAUAAAACAGCGGCUUGUGGAGGAGCUAGAACAGGCUCAGAAACAGGUCCAGGCAGUCCGUCACCAGUACGAGGAGAAAGUCCGUCAAUUACAGUCCCAGAUCCGAGCCACGGAGGAGGAGCGAGACAAAGUCCUGUCCAACAUCAGCAGUGUGGAGAGCGAGUCCAUGGGAAAGGUCAAAAAGGUCAAGGAGGAGUACGAGAAGAGACUGACCACCCUCCAGAACGACCUGAAGAAGACAGAGCAAGCCAAGCGUGACUACGCCCGCAUGCAGAAGCAGUCAUCGUAUCAUGAAAAACAGCUGAAGACCCUGCAGCAUGAUUUGGCAGAAAUGAAGAAAACUAAGGUGAAGUUGAUGAAGCAGGUGAAGGAGGAGUUAGAGAAAGGUAAAGCUGUAGAGGCUCGGAGAACUCGCGAGGUGGCUCAGUUACGUAAGGACCAGGUCCGCAAAGAGAACAUGAUCCGCAACCUGGAGAAGGAGAAACGCCAGAAAGAGGCUGUACUUAAACGCAAACAAGAGGAGUUGAAUGCCAGCAUUGAAAAAAUCACACGAGAGGUUGAAGCUCUGAGAAAAAAAGACAAAAAACCAAUGUCAUCCAUGGCUGCUGGUAGAAUAGCUAAAUAUGACCGUCCCAAAACCAUACCUGUGGCUCCAUUUACCUCGUCCUCACCUCGUAGGAAGAAGCGUUCAGAGUUCAGCGCCAAGGCCGCCAAACAGAAGUGGGAUACACUGGAGAAAAAGAUUUCUAAUGUGAUAACGAAAAAACAGACCAUCAUCAACAUGGAGAAAGAUAUGGAUAUCUGGCUAAAGGAGAGAGAAAGUGUCUGCAAGAAGCUCGACAAAUUCUGCAGAAAAAGAGAUGUAGCCAUUAAAGAGGGCAAAGAUGACUCGGUGAUAGGAGAACUGAACUGUGUAAUAGGAAUGCUGCAGGGUCAGGUCCAGUAUACACAGGAAUACAUCUCUGAGUGCCAGUCACAGAUCAUGCAGAUCGAGGAAGCCAAGGAGGAUAAUGAAGGGUUUGAUACCACAGAUUUGUUCAAUAACUGCUCUUUAGAAGAAACCAGAUAUUUACUAGAACACUUCAUACAGACUUCUAUAGGAAGGGGCCUGGCUCUCUCUCAGAAGGAGAAUGAGUUGAAGGAGAUUAGAGAGAUGCUGCACCAGACUGAGUUAAACAACACUCUACAGCAGGACCUCCUCAAACACAUGAUCAACGACCAAGUGGGCAUCGAAGUGGACAAUCUCAUGACCAAUGCUGCGGAUGAUUUGGAAUUGUCUGAGGAAUCAGCCUCCUCCUCACCUGCCGACAGAGUGAGCAGCAAACCCAAUAUUACUGACCGUUCCGCAAACUUUGAAAAUUUAAUUAGCAUGUUUGAGAACACUCCUGAGGUUUCUUCCACUGUGGUUAACAGUACCGUCAGUGUGCCCCCAGCUGAGCCCCCCGUCAGGGGAAAUAAGGAGUUGGCUUCACCGGUCAGAAGGAAAACCCCUUUACCCCAAGAGCUGCUGUACGCUGAUGGAAGUGUCACACCUCUUUUACCUUUGCCAGAGACCCCAGAAGAAGAAGAGGGGAGUUCUCCCAGAAAAGAGCCCCCAGAAGUCCCUCCCAAGCCCCUCAGGAAGCUGGCUACACAGGGGGUAGACAGUCAGCUGAUGCCACCCCCCAGAACCACGGGAAUGAUGAAAAUGUCCUCAUCCUCCAAUCUGUCAAAGAUCGGUGUUGAGUCGGCCCCCAAACCUGCCCGCCCAGACCCCGGUCCCUCCCCCCGAUUUCAGAGGAAGGACUACAGCAAGCCUAGUCCUGAACCCUCCCCUGUGUUCCGACGGGAAAACAACAGUUCUUCCAGCCUCAUAUCCAGGUCUAGCUCCAUAGACGCUACCUCCUCUGAUACCACCCCUCCCUCCUCCCCCACACUGUCUCGGCGGGCCAGAGACCGACCCACAGAUGACAAUGUGUUCUCCAGGCUUACCAGCAAUACCAAGCCACCAACUCUACAACCACCAAACAGAGGGCAGAUUGUUCCAAACACUGGGAAGGUUCCCCCCAGUAAGACGGCCCCUGUGGUGUGUACACAUACAGCGGAGGGCCACAGUAAGGCUGUGCUGUCACUGGAUGCCACCGAGGACCUGCUUUUUACCAGCAGUAAAGACCGAACUGCCAAAACCUGGGACCUCCACACAGGGAAAGAAGUUGCCUCCUAUACAGGUCACCCUAACAAUGUUGUGUGUGUGAGGUACUGCCCGCAGUCUAAGUUAUUAUUCACUGUGUCUCAGUCCUACAUCAGUGUCUGGGACACUCGGAGCUCAACCAAACAGUGCAUCAAAACUCUCAGUUCCUCUGGAUUAACCCAUGAUGGUUGUGUAAACUUUGGAUCCACUCGUCAGAUUGAGCUGGCUCCAGGAGAGCAUCACAUUAAUGAUAUUGCAUUAAAUGAAGACGGGACAGCUCUAUACAGUGCUGCUGGGAAUGUAGUCAGAGUCUGGGACCUAAAGAGUUUUUGUGCUAUUGGUAAAUUGAAUGGUGGUCAUCAAGCCGCUGUAAUGGCUAUAGCAGUAGACAGGUGGGAGACAAAUGAUAUUGUUCUGACAGGAUCCAAAGACCACUACAUCAAGAUGUUUGAGGUGGUAGAGGAGAGGGCGGGUAUAAUGACCCCAAAGUAUAACCUAGAGCCUCCCCACUACGACGGUAUCCAGGCAUUAUGUAUACAUGAGGAUACUCUGUUUAGUGGAUCCAGGGAUAUGUGUAUCAAGAAGUGGGACCUGUCCACACAGCAGCUAAAACAUUCUCUGAACUCUGCUCACAAGGACUGGAUAUGUGCUCUGAAAUUCAUGCCAGGAAACAACAUUCUGUUCAGUGGUUGUCGAGGGGGGUACCUCAAACUAUGGAAUAUAGAGAACUGUAACCAGCUAGGAGAAAUCAAGGCCCACAGUAGUCCCAUAAACGCCAUAGCAACCAACUCCUCUGCUAUCUUCACAGCCUCCAAUGAAACUGAAGUGAAAUUCUGGCAGUACAGGAGAAUACAAUCAUUGACCACACUGUGGGAAUCUGGGCCAUCAAGUCCGGAACAGACGUCAAUGAAAACGGGGAGAAUUUGGAGUAGACCUGGCAGUAAGUCAGGUAACAAGUCCCGGGUCUGAAAGACUCAUCUAGCCUCAACAGAGAAGUUCUAUCCUCUUACAUACAAACUGUGUCGGAAAUGUAAAGUGCUGAUAUUUUGAUAAUGUCAGUGAAUUAAGUCUCUUCUAAAGACUUUGAAGGAAAGUACAGUGCAACAUUUCAAGUCUGGGAAGAUUUAAAGAAAUGGCGAUAAUGUUCUUCAUGAUGAUUUCACAAACACAGGAUCAAACCAAGGAGAAUUAUUCAUUGUUUACAUUGGAAAGGAACCAGUAUUUUUUCAUGUUGGAAAGUGUCAUCGUACAUUAAAAAUGGAAACAUUGUAAAUUGUUAUUCUGUUGUUAAAUUGCUAAGGUUGUGAUGAAAUUUUGCCGCAGCUUUAAACAUGUCUAUGGUGCAGUUAGCUAAGCUUUACAGUUGUAAAUGUGGACACCCUCAGAAAAUAAAUGGUGCAAACAACUCAUUUGUCCUGCCAACACAUUGGUUUUUUUCUUUUAGUUCAAAGUUUGUCUUGUUAACUUUGAAUACAGAGUCUGUUUUACUGAGAUUUGUAUUCUAUGACCAGAAAUAAAGUAUUCCUAAACAUUUGUGUAAGUCUUCCAAAUAGAAGUUGAUUGUUUUGUCCUCAGAUGGUCAGUAAACUGAUAAUAUGAAUCAUGCAUUUAAUUUUUAGUACAGGGGACCAAUUUCAAAUUAUAAACAUUUAUAGACAUUGAAUGUAAUAGGAUUUUUUAUGAUUUCUGUUGUUGUUAUGCUCAUUUUGAUGUGAUACUUAACAGAGAAUUCUGAAUAAAUAGGGGAAUUUGCAGCUUGAAAAUGGAAUGUUCAACAAGCACUUUCUCAGUUUUUCUGUACAUUUCUAAGUUCCAUUUAUGAUACAUGUACAUGUACAAAGAUAAUCCACCGCUUUUCAGUGUAUAUGGUAGCGGGCAGUGCCUUUGUAAAGCUAUUACUCAAAAUGAAAAUAGUCUGUUGUGUUAUAUGUACAUGUAUUUAUGUUUGUUUAAAUGAUAUUAAAAAUUUAUGCUUCAUUUUCAUAUUUCACUCAGUCAUUUUAAUGUGUUGUGUAUUAAUAACAUUCCCUCAUGUCUCAGUUUAUACACAUUUUGUAUUAUUCUUAUGUUAAUCUUCAUACUUUGUAAUAUUCGUAAAGUAUGAUUUUUUGCUUUGUUUAUAUUUUAUAAUUUUGUAAUUCUGUGUAUCAUUGUUUUCCUUAAUUUAUUCUCAUAAAAUGUAUUACAUGAUAACCUUUAUAUAAUUGUCAACAUGAACAAAUAGUAGCUGAUCUCACCAAGGGAAAUAACCUGUAUGUUGUUGAUCUUUGAGGCCACUGUGUCAAUUGUUAGUUUGUUAUAUUUGUAAUUACCAGAAAUGUAAACAAUUUAUUGUGCUAAAUUUGCAAAAGUACUAUGUGCAGAAUCAUAACUUUGCCACUUUACUGGGAAUAGUCUCUUUUGAUAUAUAUAUAUCAUGUACACAUUAAUUUAAGAAAGAGUUGCACAGAGUCAAAAUUUUCAAGUUCCCUUUACUCACCAUGUUAAGCAUAUUUUAAAUGUAAAAAAAAAAGUAAAGUCUCUGUAUUUUUCCUCAUUAUAUACAUAAUAUAAAAAAAUACUUAUUUUAUCAGCUUGCCUCUCUGUUAAGACUCACAAAGUUAGGGAAUUCAAUUUUCUUCUGAAUGAAAUGUGUUGUUUUUCAAAUUAUUGUGUGUUUUAGUUAACUCAGAUCUGAUACUGUAACAGACAUAAUGACCUAAUUUAACCCAAAUGUUAUUAUAAUUCAGUCCAUUUUAUAAUAUAUAUUUAUAUGCACACAGCAUCCCCAAAGAACAAAUAGGAUAUAUGAUAUCAUUUAUAAUUUAAGUUGGUACAAGGUUUGUUUUUUUAAGAGAGAAACCUAGAGGUAAUAGAAAAUUUUAGUUGUCUCAUUUAUUACAGUGUAUUAGAAUUAGUAGUAGCCUGUAUUUAGUUAGACUGUCUCAGUUAGUUUGUCUUAUUUGUUACCAAAGUAUCACCACCCCUAUGUUGGGAGGGUUAUGAAACUUUGAUCUUAUUUCAGGGAAUUGUUUCACGUUUAGAACAUGUGUAAUUGUUAUUGCUGGAUCUAUUGUCAUUUUGAAAUGUUUGCUUGCUAAUAAGUAACAUAACUAAAUAAAUAUUUUAUAUUUCA